AUGCCACAAAAUGAGUAUAUGGAACGGCACCGUAAGUUAUACGGUCGCCGUAUGGAUUAUGAACAACGUAUGCGUAAGAAGGAAGCUCGUGAGCCUCAUUUACGUUCUGAUAAGGCAAAACGUCUUCGUGGUCUCAAAGCUAAGCUCUACAACAAGGAGCGCCGCAAUGAAAAGAUUCAAAUGAAGAAAAAGAUCAAGGAACAUGAAGAAAAAUUACAGAAAAAGAAGGAAGAGAAACCCAAGGAAGGUGCAUUGCCGGUUUAUUUACUUGACAGAGAUGUUCAAUCAAGUGCCAAAGUACUCUCCAACAUGAUCAAACAGAAACGUAAAGAAAAGGCAGGUAAAUGGGAUGUACCUAUACCCAAGGUGCGUGCUCAAUCAGACAAUGAGGUAUUCAAGGUCUUCAGAACAGGUAAAUCCAAGAGAAAAGGAUGGAAGAGGAUGGUGACAAAAGUAUGUUAUGUCGGUGAAGGAUUUACUCGUAAACCUCCUAAGUUCGAAAGGUUUAUUAGGCCAAUGGCUCUGCGUUUCAAUAAGGCUCAUGUAACUCACCCAGAACUAAAGGCCACAUUCUGUCUACCAAUUAUUGGUGUAAAAAAGAAUCCUAAUUCUCCUAUGUAUACAAAUUUAGGUGUUAUAACUAAAGGUACUGUAAUUGAAGUAAACAUUAGCGAGCUAGGUCUAGUAACACAAACUGGUAAAGUAGUAUGGGGAAAAUAUGCACAGGUUACUAAUAAUCCAGAAAAUGAUGGUUGUAUUAACGCUGUACUUUUGGUUUAA